AUGCCACAAUGUUGAAAAGGGCUCAAUCAUCACGAAGAUAAGAUAAAUAAAUUCAUAAUAUAUUGACAAAGCUAUCAGAUGCUAAGUCUGCUGUUGUGGAAAUCCACAGGAAUCUAUUAUUAUUUCAUAUUUACUUUAAUCUUUUGUUUUUUAGUUUUUUUUUUUGGGUUCUUUUAUGGGUGAAUGAGGUGAUUCGUUAUGGUGCUAUUUUUAGCUUAAAGUACUUGAUCUCUGAGUUGCCUGGCCAUUCCUCACACAGCAGACAAAGAGUUGAUUUUGAAAGAAAUUGUAUUGAAUAAAGAUGGAAAUCGUCAAUGUAUCCGAGUAUGAGGCUGUGGCAAAGCAGAAGUUGCCUAAAAUGGUAUUUGAUUAUUAUGCCUCUGGUGCUGAAGAUCAGUGGACUUUGAAAGAGAAUCGCAGUGCUUUUGAAAGGAUCAGGUUCCGUCCACGGAUAUUAAUUGAUGUAACACAUGUGGACAUGGCUACCACUGUGCUGGGGUUCAAAAUAUCGAUGCCUAUAAUGAUCGCUCCCACAGCCAUGCAGAGAAUGGCUCAUCCUGAAGGAGAGUUGGCUACAGCGAGAGCGGCAUCAGCUGCGGGAACUAUAAUGACACUGUCGUCAUGGGCAACAUCAAGUGUUGAAGAGGUUGCCUCAACUGGACCAGGCAUCCGCUUCUUCCAACUCUAUGUUUACAAGGAUAGGCACGUAGUGGCACAACUUGUUAGAAGAGCAGAAAAGGCAGGUUUUAAGGCAAUUGCACUCACAGUUGACACACCCAGACUGGGGCGAAGGGAGGCUGAUAUAAAAAACAGAUUUACUUUGCCGCCACAUCUUACCUUAAAGAACUUUGAAGGAUUGGAUCUUGGGAAGAUGGAUAAGAGCACGGACUCUGGACUAGCCUCAUAUGUCGCUGGUCAAAUUGAUAGAUCAUUGAGUUGGAAGGAUGUUAAGUGGCUGCAGACAAUUACCAAGUUGCCAAUACUUGUAAAGGGGGUAUUGACUGCCGAGGACACUAGGCUAGCCAUCCAAGCAGGUGCAGCAGGUAUAAUUGUGUCAAACCAUGGAGCCCGACAGCUUGAUUAUGUUUCAGCAACAAUAAGCUGUUUGGAAGAGGUUGUAAAAGCUGCACAAGGUCGAAUCCCAGUGUUUCUAGACGGAGGAGUUCGACGAGGAACAGAUGUCUUCAAGGCAUUGGCCCUUGGAGCCUCUGGUAUUUUUAUUGGGAGGCCUGUAGUUUAUGCUUUGGCUGCUGAGGGAGAAGCAGGAGUGAGCAAAGUUUUGCAAAUGCUACGAGAUGAGUUUGAACUUACAAUGGCUUUAUCAGGAUGUUGUUCAGUGAGGGAAAUCAAUCGCAAUUACAUUCAAACCGAAACAGACAUGAUUCGAUCCUCAUCAAGGCUCUGAACUACUCUGCUUUCACAUAGUAUUUGUAGAUUAAUACAAUGCAUAUGCAACAGUCUGUAUCUUUUGAUUGUGCAAGUGUCCUAAAAUAGUUUAGGACAAUAAUUUUUUAUUUCUUGUAAUGAUAUAAUGUUCCUUAAGGGGGCAACUUGUAAGAAGUAGUUAUCUUGCUUUUAUAUAUUUGACCAGUUAAACUUUUCUCUUUUGA